UUGUCUCUCUGUGCUUUCAGCACGUAGCGGAGGGAUCGCACGCUGUGGUCGGAGUUGCGUCGCGUGCCGUGCGCAGAAGAGAAGAGGAUCCGACGGCGACGCGCACAGACAGAGCCGAGAGAGUCGGGGGACAGUAGCGAGCGGGGCGCGGCCCGUGGAGGGGGAGGGCGAGACCAACCGGGCCCUCUCCCGUGGGGGAAGGAGAAACCGGCUCGGACCGAACCAUUCCAUCCCCCCCGCUCCGCCAAUCAACGGGGGGCGGGGGGCAGCGAGGACAGCGUAGGGCACGAGCCUCGCGGCCAAUCAGCGCGGGGGUCGCGAGACGCCCCGCUCCCCGCAACGGCCGCGAGACCCCCUCCCCGCCGUCAACGGAUUCCUGCCCUCUACGGCCGCUUUCUUAAAGGGACAGAGCAACGUGAGGCGUCAAGGGGGAUUUCUACCGGAAGAAAACAACCCCCUUCUUCUUCCCAGCGCCUGUCAAUGGAUUUAAAGGAAGCCCCGAGCUGGUAAAGGGGAGUUCGCUCCUGCCCCAUUGUGGAAAGUGGUUUCUUGUCGGAGGACUUUGACGCCAGGUUCUUAAAGGGGACGCUGGCUGGCUAAUGACGGAAGUGGCUGGUGAGAUUUAAACUCCGGGUUCUCCAAAGGGACGUGGCCCCCUGACACGAAUGCCAAGAAGCGGUUUCAGUCCGGUUUCUUAAAGGGGCAGUGACCCCCACCCCGCGGGAGGCAGAAGCCGUUCGACCCGGAUCCUGACCGGGGAGGCGGCUCCCCCCGAGCCAGGCGCGUCGGCUGCGGAGACUUGCCCCGGGGUCGUUAAAGGCGAGGCGCCUUCCUCGGCACGUCAACCAUUGCCAUUGCUGGCAGAAGGGGAAGCCGGAGCCUUCAAGGGGAAGUCCCCCCCUCCCCCCCGGCGUGUUGGGUUGCUGGAGGCAUUUAAAUCGGGACUCUCCAAGGGGAAGUGGCCCCAGGCCGGCUGCGCAAGCGGCUGACUGCGGUGGGGGUGGCCAGCCCACGCACCCCAGAAGCCACCCUCCCCCACGCUGCACUUGGUGCGGGGAGGGAUUUAAACCUAUUCUGAGGAGGGGCCCCCAACCCCGCAAGGGGGGGGGGAUGUGAGGCCUGAUUAAAGGGGAGGCCUCUGCGAGAAGCCGCCUCAGCCCUUUCCUCCCCUAUCCUUAAAGGGGAGGCCCCGCUGGUGAAGGGGAGGCCCCUGGAAAGAGGGUGGUAGCAUGGUUUGUUUCGGCAGCAAUUUAAUCUGAAUUAAAGGGGAGGUGCACCUCGGCCCGCCCCCCCAGGCUUGGAGUUUAUGUCAAGGGGCAUUAAACCUCUGUUCUUCGAAAGGCCUGCCUUAAAGGGGAAGACGCACAGAGCAGCCGCUGUGGCGUUCUGAAGGCAAGGCCCCCCAAAGCAGCUGCCGCAGGGAGUUCGUGUUGGGGGGCCCUAAAUCGGAUUUCAAAGGGGACGAUUGCCAGCGCGUGUCAAAAUCCACCUUAAAGGAGAGGACGAAGACACACUCCCUCUGCUUCCUGGGGGAGCACCUCCCGCCUCCAGUUCUCCACCGGUCAGCGCCCAGAGGAGAGAGCGAGGACCCAGUUCUGAACAGCUGCCAUGCAGCAGGCCGGAGAGGGGUGAAGGGCGUCGCAGGAAGAGGCUUGGCCAGGGGCAGCAUGGAAGCAGCGGCCGCUCCUGCCCCCUGCUGGAGCGGGGGAGGUGGCAGGGCCCGGAGGUUGCGGCGCUGCUCGCGGCGGGACCGCGAGAGCCGCCGGAGCCAACGUCGGGGGGGACGCCCGGGGGAGCCCACCCACCGGGGCGUCCUCUCCUCCUCCUCAGACUCAGAGAGCGAAGGUCCCGCCCCGCCAGCCCCUGUGGCACCCGGUAAGCCCCGGCGCCGGCCUUUGCGCCGGAGGACAAGACCAUCAGGCUCCUCCUGUAGCCAUGAGGAGGAGGAGGAGGAGGAAGAGGAUCUGAUUGACGGUUUCGCCAUUGCUAGUUUCAUCAGUCUGGAGGCACUGGAGAAGGACACAACAUUGAGGACCCCCGAGCGGCUGGAGCAUCGGCUGAAGCACUCGGGGAAGCGGAAGCGGGACGAGGGGAGUGGCUCAGAAGAGGAGGAGGGCCAUGAUGAGAGCUCAGAGAAGGGGUGUGGGCGGCAUGCGGGGGAGCGGGCGCUGAGGAGACGCAGCAAGAGGAGGAGGAAAGAGGCCUCCCUCCGCUCCUACUUGGAAACAGGAUACAUAUGCGACAUGGAGAGUGACCCAGGGGAGCAGGCCUCCAAUGAUGACCUGGAUCAAUCGUUCACUGUCUCAACCAACAAAGCCUCGGGCCCAGUUGGUGCAGUGAACGGGAGCUGUGCAGCCAAACUCUCUGUGAUCCCCAAGGUCUCAGGGCUGGAGCGGAGCCAGGAGCGGAGCCACGAGGCUGACGGGGACCCCCUGCUAGUGCCUUUCCUGCCCAAGGACCCCCUUUCUCAGGCAGCCCCAGCCCUCCCUGUGGCCCCAGCCCGGGCUCCUACUCCUCCAGCCCCGCCACCCUCCCGGACACCCAACCCGGCUGCUGCCCGCACCACGCCCCAGCCCCGGGGUCAGCUGUCGGCGCCACAGGGGGGCCCAGCACCCCACAGCCUGCCCCAGCCCACUGUGCAUGGGAAGGGAGCGCCCUUCGCCAGCCCCACGCCGCCGGGGCCCUAUGGAGCAGGGCUGGACCUCAGCAUCGCCGGGUGCAGCCGGAGCAGCGCACACGCCAAGCCCCUGCUGCCCCCGUGCUCCUCCUCCUCGCAGCUUCCUCCCCGCCCCUCCACCCCCUCGCUGGCCCUGCCCCCCCACGCCUUCCCUUCCACCCUGCGGCCCCCCACCCACCAUCACCCACCCCUCUUUCCCCCUUCUCCGGGCCUGCCCCCACCCCCCCCUCUGCUCCAGGUCGCUGGGCACCCGGCCGCAGCCGCAGCCUUAUCCGAACAAGAGCUGAUCCGGCAGGGCCUGAGCUCACGGUUCCUGACAGCGCAGGGCGGGGCCGACAUGGGGGCAGCCGCCAUCCGCCCGCUGGCCUUCCAGUUCCACCAGCACAACCACCAGCACCAGCAUACCCACCAGCAUACGCACCAGCACUUCACCCCCUUCCCACCGGGCAUGGUGCCCGGGCCCGCCCCCGCCAUGUUUGAGAAAUACCCAGGCAAGAUUGAUGGGCUUCUGAGGCAUAACUUCUAUGCCACGUUCCCUCCCACCGUGUCUGGGAUCCCACCUGUCCUGCCCCCUGCUGUUUCCUUUGGCUCCCUGCAGGGGGCUUUUCAGCCUAAGAGCACUAACCCAGAGCUGCCAUCGCGGCUGGGAGCUGUCGCCCCCUCUUUAUCCCAGAAAGGGGGUCAGCUCACGGACCCUUUCAGACCCUCCCUGAGGAAGCCUGGCAAAUGGUGCUCCAUGCACGUCCGCGUGGCCUACAUGAUCCUGCGGCACCAGGAGAGGAUGAAGCUGAUGCAGGGUGAUCCCCACAAGCUGGAUUUCCGGAACGACCUGAUCACCUGCCUUCCUGGCACAGGGACCUUUGGAAGUCUGGCUCAUGGCCAGGAGCUCACGCGCCCCGCCACGCUCUUUACCCCCGCAGGGGCUGUCCAUCCAAGCUCUGGUGCCUCCUUUGGGCCCCCCAGCGCGCCACACAGCUCUUUCCUGGGCCCCAGCACACACCUUGAUCCUUUCAGCCGCCCCACCAGCUUCGCCGCGCUGGGGGCGCUCUCCAACGGGGCCUUCGGGGGCCUGGGGAACCCCGCCUUCAACUCCAGCUCCAUGUUUGGGCAGAAGGACAGCCCUGGGGCUCAGGCCUAUGGCAGCCCCCACGACCCAUGGAACCGGCUGCACCGCACGCCCCCCUCCUUCCCCACUGCCCCCGCCUGGCCCAAAGGGGGUGCUGGUGAUGCAGCUGAGCGUGGACCGGCCCAGCACGAGAAGGAGCCGGACAAGCGGGAGGUGCCUGCCAUAAAGGACGAGAAGGACAGGGACACCCUUUUCUCCAGGCCGCCCCCUCGUGCUUCGCCAGUGCCCCUCCCCACUAAGCACCCUGCAUCCCUGGGGCUGGAAGACGGCCCCAUGCGAGCACACAGUGAGCCAGGCCGGGAGCAGCGUUACGGCAGCCCAGUGGGGGGCCGGGCUUCACGCUCACCCUACCCUGACCCUGCCCUCAAGAAGGAGGUGAAGGUGAAGGAGGAGCCGGAGCUGGGUGUCCUAGAGGGGGCACUACGGGCGGGCGGGCCCUUUCCCGGGGCUCUGCAUGUCUCCCACCCGCUGGCGCUGGCUGUCUUCGAGCGGCCGCAGGGCUCCCCGUAUCUGGUGGCUGGGCCAGCCCCUGGUGCCCCCUAUGCUGCCCUGGAGGCCUGGCGGGAGCCCUACGCCCUGCCCCGCUAUCUAGAGCGCGAGCUGCCCGAGGACUACGAGCGCGCACGGCUCUAUGGGCUGGGCCCGCACCCCCCGGGGCUGCUGGCCUACCCCCGGCAUGCCACGCUGCUGGCCAAGGCCCCACCCCCAGAGGGGUUGCUUGGCGCCCCUCCGCCCCUCAUCCCUGCCGUGCCCGGCGCCCGGCCCAGCUCCCCCCGCCGUGCCCCGGACCUCCGUGAGCUCACCACCGCCUACAAGGACCGGGACUCCAGAUAAUGAUGCCUGUAGGUCCCAGGCCCUGGCAUCAGAGAUGGCAUAACCUCCCCACAUGGGGCUGGCUAGGAUCCCCCCCACCCUGCCAUUAGGGGCAGAAUUCUCCCCUGCCCACCCCAGCAUCAGGGGCAGCAUGUCCUCCCCACGCCAGGCCAGUCAGCAUCCCUCCCACCUAGCAUCAGCACUGGUAUCCACUCCCCCCAACGUGGCAUCAGGUGCAGGAUCCCUGCCCCCAUCCCUUGGACUGGCCAGGAUCAAGGGCGAGAGCGCUGAGGAAACUGCCCCCCUCCUGGCUGCUACAUACGGUCAGAAGGGAUGGGAGGCAGGACAGUGGAGUUCAGGGUGUGGCUGUGCCUCCCCAUCUCCCCCUGGCCUGGCUGGGUCCAGGCGAGGGAGGGUUGGCAUUGCGUGCCCCACGUUGUCCCAUGGAGAGGGCUUGGGGGAGGAAGACCAGCUGUCGGGGUGUUCUCUACUGGACUGGUGGGGUUUAGAUCUGGGUUGUUGGGAUCAUCCCAGGGCGGGUGGGGGUUAGAGGUGUGGGUUAAAGGGCGAUUUCCCCAAGCUCAUGGGGUUUCAGGGCAGGAGUCGGGCUUCAGGUCCCCCAAAUCUCCCCGUAAGUGGGGAUUUUGGGGGGGUGUCUUGCUUUGCUCCCCUGUGGACUGGGGGGAGGGGGCAGGAGUGGAGCUGGGCCCCCCAGCCUAGUGUAAAUAGGUCCCUGCUACCCUCAGGUGAGCUGGGUUUUGUACAUUUAUACCAGGUUUGAGGUGGUGAUUUUAAAGGAUCCCCCCCGCCCCUCUUCUCUCCCCUCAUUUUUAAUGUACCGCGCUUUUUUCUAUUUCUGUAUUGACGUUGUGACGCUCCCCUCCCUCUCCCAACUGGACCUGAUCGGAAAGGGAUAACACGGCUGCAGGGGAAGGGUAGUGGAGACCCCCGCCCCUUGCAUUGGACACUGCCGGUUCCUCCCCUUCCUCUCCCCCCCUGUUUAAUUAAACCCCAGAUUGGUGCUUCUGGA